CGCACGGCCAGGUCGAGCGCGCCAGCCAUGUACCGGCAGUCUGGAGAGUCGAGCAUCCCGCUCAGCAACGUCAACUACCAGCAGGCCCCUGGUGGCCAGAACACGCCCGCCUUUGGCAGCGUCCACGAGAAGAACUAUGCUUCGCCCAAGCCCAAGCGUCGCGUGUGGCCCUGGAUCGUAGCCGCCAUCGUCGCCGUCAUCAUCAUCCUCGGAGCCGUCCUCGGCGGCGUCCUCGGCUCGCGCGCCGCCAACGACAACGACAACUCGAAGAGCAACGCCGCCCAGGACGGCGCCGCCCAGACCGGCAGCGGCGUCGCCAGUGCCGCCACGCGCACCAAGGGCUCGGGCAACCUCGCCAUCGUCCCGACUGCCACGGACCAGUUCGGCAACCCGAUGUACCCGUCGUCGACCGGCUCGGCCCGCAUCUCGUCGCCGACGACCGUCGCCAACUCGUCCCUGUCGUGCACGGCCGACGACGCUGGGUCCCUGUCGCUCACGAGCCCCAAGACGUCGCACCCGCUCCUCAUCGCGACCGAGAACAAGUGGGCGUGCCUGCCCGGCCUCAUCCAGUCGGACAGCUACCUGAGCUACUGGAACGACACCGUGUUCCGCAACGCGUCGCGCUUCUACGACAUGACGCCGACCAACUACUCGAUCGACGGCGGCCUCACGGGCUCGGGCGUCCUCGACGUCGCGCGCGAGGUCCAGCUCCGCAUCAAGCACUGGGCGUACGCCUACAAGCUGUCGAACGACACCAAGUGGGUCGACCGCACCUGGCAGGAGCUCGUCGUCGCCGCCGGCAACGACACGAACCAGUACUUUGGCGAGCAGGGCGACAACUGGAACUCGGGCCACUUCCUCGACGUCGCCGAGUUUACCGAGGCGUUCGCGAUCGCGUACGACUGGAUGUUUGACGCGUGGACGGCCGACCAGCGCAACGCGAUCGCGUGGAGCAUCAUCAACCUCGGCCUCCAGUACGGCCUCAACGCCUACACCGACACGAGCGUCGGGUACCGCUGGUGGACCACUGUCCGGGGCAACUGGAACUGCGUUUGCAACAAGGGCCUGACUAUGGGUGCCCUCGCCAUCAUCAACGAGUACCCGAACUCGCCUGCUCGCGAGCUCCUCACGUACACGGUCGACAACGCCAACGCCAUGUGCGCCUACGCCCCGAGCCCCGAGGGCACCUGGAGCGAGACGCCCAACUACUGGUACUUCGGCACCUACUCGCACGCCGAGAUGGCCGCGUCGCUCCUCACGGCGACGGGCUCGACCCAGGGCCUCCUGACGACCAACCCGGGCGUCAAGCUUACGAGCCUGUACCACAUGUACGUCGUCGGCCAGCAGGGCAUCUUCUCGUACGGCGACGCCGGCCCCAACAAGUACACGGCGACGGCCAACCACCUCAUGUUCUACGGCUCCCAGUUCGACGAGCCGCUCUACACCCUGUACCAGCGCGACCGCGGCGACGCGCCCGACCCGAUGUCGAUCCUGUACUACGACCCGCAGGUCUCGGGCCAGUUCUGGGACGGUCUCGCCCUCGACCGCCACUUCGACAACACGACCGACGGCUGGUUCUCGGCGCGCUCGAGCUGGACCGACAACGACGGCGCCUACAUCGCCAUGAAGGCCGGCUACCUCCAGGGCCACCAGACGCACGGCGACCUCGACGCCGGCACGUUCGUCCUCGACGCCAUGGGCCACCGGUGGGCUGGCGAGCUCGGAUCCGGCGACUACCUCUCGCAGGGCUACUUCUCGAGCGAGGCGCAGAACUCGCCUCGUUGGCUGUACUACCGCAAGCGCACCGAGGGCCAGAACACGCUCAUGAUCGGCGAUGAGGACCAGAACGUCGACGGGCGCCCGACGACCGCGUUCGGCUCGUCGAACGAGGCCCAGGACGCGCUCGACUACAAGGUCGCCAACGGCUCGACCGCCUUCUUCACGGCCGACCUCACGCCCAUGUACAACUCGACGAGCAGCGCCAACCGCGCCAUCCGCUUCGUCAACGGCCGCAAGCAGGUCCUCCUUCGCGACGAGGUGACGACGACCGCCGCCGUCCAGUGGCGCAUGCACACGAACGCGACCGUCGCCCUGUCCAACUCGGACCGCACGGCGACGCUCACGAUCGGCGACGAGACGCUCGUCGCGACCCUGCGCUCGCCGUCGGGCGCCACGUUCGGCACCGAGGACGCGCAGCGCAUGCCGUCGGACCCGACGACGACCAUGUACGACGGCGCGACCGUCACCAUGUCGGAGGACCAGCCCAACCCGGGCGUGACGGUCCUCACCAUCGACGUCGCCGCCGGCACCAACACGAUCGAGGUCUUGUUCAACCCGCAGUGGAGCGGCUGGAGCGAGAGCGACUUUGUCAACCCGCCCGACGUCGCCAUCGCCGACUGGAGCGUCACGAGCCACAACUAGACGGCCGGUCGCACGGCUCGUCUCGUCCUUUCCUUCUCUCCCCCUCACGAUACCUCCCUCCCUUUCCCUUCCCGUCACGACCCUCCCGCACCACGAGCACACCCAUCUUUCCCGCUUUCACCCGCCUGUCUAGCCACGCCAUGUUGCAUGCUUUCCCUCCCUCGCCCCCUCAUCCAGCUUAGCGCCCUCCUCACCCUCCCUCGCUCGCCUAUACCUCCCUCGCCUCUCUCUCUUUCUCCCUUCAUUAGGACAGACACUCGUGCACAGAUCGUUCUCUCUUCCUC